UGUGCUGUUUUCUAGUUCUCUUCUGCGUCGGCUCGGAUUCAAAAUGUCCCAUCGUAAGUUCUCAGCUCCCAGGCAUGGAUCUUUGGGUUUUCUGCCUCGCAAGCGCAGCCGUCGCCACCGGGGCAAAGUGAAGAGCUUCCCGAAGGAUGACCCCAACAAGCCCAUCCAUCUCACUGCAUUUCUGGGGUAUAAGGCUGGCAUGACCCACAUUGUUCGUGAAGUUGACAGGCCUGGAUCCAAGGUGAACAAGAAAGAAGUUGUAGAGGCAGUUACUAUAGUGGAAACCCCUCCUAUGGUCAUUGUUGGUAUUGUGAGCUAUGUGGAAACUCCCCGGGGCCUUCGCACCUUCAAGACAAUCUUUGCUGAGCAUAUCAGUGAUGAGUGCAAGCGUCGCUUCUACAAGAACUGGCACAAGUCCAAGAAGAAGGCUUUUACCAAGUACUGCAAGAAGUGGCAGGAUGAUGAAGGCAAAAAGCAAUUGGAGAAGGACUUCAACAGCAUGAAAAAGUACUGCCAGGUUAUCAGGGUCAUAGCUCACACCCAGAUGCGCAUGCUUCCUCUGCGGCAAAAGAAGUCUCACCUGAUGGAGAUCCAGGUGAAUGGUGGCACUGUGGCUCAAAAAGUAGACUGGGCCCGGGAGAAGCUGGAGCAGCAAGUGCCAGUAGCAACCGUCUUUGGCCAAGAUGAAAUGAUAGAUGUCAUUGGUGUCACCAAGGGCAAGGGGUACAAAGGGGUUACCAGCCGAUGGCACACCAAAAAGCUGCCCCGCAAGACUCAUAGAGGUCUGCGCAAAGUGGCCUGCAUUGGAGCAUGGCACCCUGCUCGUGUGGCCUUCUCUGUAGCUCGAGCUGGUCAGAAGGGCUAUCAUCACCGCACAGAAAUCAAUAAGAAGAUCUACAAGAUCGGCCAGGGAUACCAAAUCAAGGAUGGCAAGUUGAUCAAAAAUAAUGCUUCAACAGAGUAUGAUCAGUCUGUCAAAAGCAUUAACCCUCUGGGCGGGUUUGUUCAUUAUGGUGAAGUGACCAAUGACUUUAUCAUGUUGAAAGGCUGUGUUGUUGGGACCAAGAAGAGAGUUCUCACUCUGCGCAAGUCCUUGCUUGUACAGACCAAGCGUCGGGCCCUGGAGAAGAUUGACUUGAAGUUUAUUGACACAACUUCCAAGUUUGGUCAUGGUCGCUUCCAGACAGCAGAGGAAAAGAAGGCUUUCAUGGGACCACUCAAGAAAGACCGUAUUGCCAAAGAAGAGGCAGCCUAGCAUGUGGCAAAUUGUGGCAAUCUGGCUUGUAGUCUCUAAUAAAAUUUCAGAUAUUUUCCAGAAACA